CUGCGCAGAACAUGGCGAUGAAGUUAGCUUUGGAUUGUGGGGAGGAGCGAGGAGUAGCAGCAGAGCUGAAGGAUGAAGAACAAGGACAAGAGAUGGAGGAUGAGAAAAGACCGUGGGCUGACCUCCCCAUGGAUCUCAUAGAGUUGGUUCAAUUAGGUCUCUUCAUGGGUGAUUGCAUUCGCCUCCGCCUCGUCUGUAAAGCGUGGCUACAGAUCUCUCCUCCACCCCGCUCGCUUCCUGAAAUCUUGUCGAAACGAUGUUCUAGUCCAUGUCUCACUCUCUCUCCUGCAACCUCGUCGAAACGAUUUUCUAGUCCGUCCUUCCGACGGAAUUUAAAAGCUACAUCACCGGGCGCAGGUAUGUGCAGUUUCUUCUUCCCGAUCUACAGCAACAACUAUGUGUUUGAAAUCCCCGAAUUAGUGGAUGCAGACAUCCGCCACGCCAAGUACGGGUGGUUGUUAAUGCCUCGAGGCAGGAACUCGAUUUUCUUCUUCAAUCCCAGCACAAGAACUACAAUCAACCUUCCUGAUAUAGACUAUGCUUGUGAAAUUUUGGGGGUCUCUUUCUCAGCCCCACCCACUUGCUCAGAUUGCGUAGUUCUCGCUCAAUUUGAUUGCAGUCCGAAAUCUGUUAGCAUCUAUGUCUGUCGUAGGGGAGAAAGCGACUGGACUAAUUAUAGAAUAGAAAACAAGAAUAAAGUGAAGUUUGUGGCAUCCAACAGCAAUCCAGUUUUCCAUGAAGGACGUUUCUAUUGUUUGGGUAAGGAUGGGAGAGUGGGAGCUUUUGAUCCCUCGCUAGGUGAGAAUGGUUGGACUGUUCUUCCAAAGGUCAUAGGACAUUAACAUUUCCAUUCACAAUAGUUUCAUGGCCGAGUGCAAUGAGAAGAUUUUUGUGGUUUUCGUUGGUCGCAUUGGAAACCCAAUUUGUGUUCGCAGGCUGAAUGAGUCCAGGCUCCGAGAAAGGGAACAGAAAACAAGAUUUAUUUUCCUAGAUUUCACGGCCAAGAUGGUGUGUUUUACUCUCUGGCAACUCGGAAGUACAGUUGUUUUGGAAAUUUUUGCUCUCGUGAGGAUUUGUAUGGCACACGGGAAAUGCGACAUUGCACUUGGAUUGAAAUUGAGUCCAAGCCUGAUGAAUAUUCUGAUAAAGAACU